AUGCCAGUACCCUGUUUCCCUGAGUAUGUGACUGCUAACGUGAGCUGCGAGGAGAACGCCCUGUCCGUGUUCUGGCAGGAGAGCAUGGGAGCAGACUUGUAUAUGGCUACACUGAUGGACAGUAACGGACAUUUCACCAGCUGUCAGAGUAUGAAUGACACCACCUGCACGGUUGUGGGACUCGCCUGUGGAGAGAUCUACCACAUCAGCGUGGUGGCAUCUGACGGAUACUGUGACAGUCUGCCCAGUGCUCUCAUUGACUCUGAAUCAGUUCCUUGUAAGCCUCGUAACAUCCGGGCAGUGGUUGACUGUCAGUCUGAUACAGCUGUGUUGUCAUGGCAGUCGGGCACCGGGGUGGUGCAAUACACGGCCACAGCACUGAGCCAGUCUGGUGAUGCACUCAGCUGUGAAAGUAAUGAAACCAAUUGUGAACUGACGGGUUUGGCCUGUGGAGAGAGCUACAACAUCACUGUGUUGGCUCAAGGACAGACGUGCAGCAGUUCUGCAGCCAUGACUGGACACCAGAGGACAGGUCCCUGUAUACCUCAGCAUGUAGAAGUGCAGUACACCCCAUCUAUUGGGCAGCUGUCCUGGGAUAGAACCAAAGGUGCUUCAAUGUACACUGCCCAGGCUGCCACUGAUAUGGGAUCGGUGCUUUCCUGUUCCACCAGUGACACCUCAUGUGCCAUUUACAGCAUGUCCUGCAGUCAGACAUAUGACAUCUAUGUUACAGCACAGAAUGAUGUUUGUCAGAACGUUGCUGUGUCUGAAUCAUCUGCUCUAGAGACAGAACCCUGCCCACCACAGAAUGUGCAGAUCCACCUAGAAUGUUCAAGUGGUGAAGGAGUCGUGUCCUGGGAGGAAAGCAUAGGGGCGCUGGGAUAUGUGGCGUUCCUGGAGGGUCAAAAUGGUGACAGUCUUUCCUGCUACACAACAGACUCCAGCUGCAGUGUGGCAGGGUUUAUGUGUGGUUCCAUUUAUCACACUUACGUACGUGCCAUCGGAAGCACGUAUAACAGCACAGACAGUGAGACCGUUAUCAUCACAUCAGCCCCCUGUCAGCCAGACUCCGGUUCAGUUGACGUUGAUGUGAAUUGUGAGAAUGCCACAGCAUUGGUCAGCUGGGACUGGAGUGGUGGUGCUACUUCCUAUGAACUUACUGCUACCAGUAACGAUGGCUAUAUCACUACUUGCGUUUCUGAAGAGAAUUACUGUAAUGUCACCGAGCUGGUGUGUGGGCAGACUUACAACAUCAGCCUUACAGCAGUCAGUGAGCAAUGUCAGGUUACCAUCGAGACAGACGUCACUUUCCAAACAGUACCUUGUGCUCCACUGCGUGUGGAUGUGGACUUUCAGUGCCAGUCUAGCACAGCUGUAAUUACCUGGGAACAAAGGGACGAUGUGCUAUACUACCUUGCUAGCGUCACCCUGAACGCCACAGGAGAAGCAACUGCAGUAUGUAAUUCAACAACUGAAAGGUGUGUGAUGACUGGGUUGCAGUGUGGAGAGGAGUACGCCUACACCGUAACGGCCUACAACAGUCUAUGUCAUAGUGAAGUCAGCAGCACUGUAUACGUUCAAACAGAGCCAUGCCAGCCAACCCAACUGAAUGUUAUAGGAUCAUGCGAUAACAAUACAGUUCUCUUGAACUGGGAUGACAGCAGAGGUGCAUCAAGUUACACAGUCUUUAUAUCAGGCAACCUGGGAUAUGAUGACUCCUUCCAGACAUCUGAAUCGAUCCUUGCAUUGGACCUUCUCUGUGGACAGAACUACACCCUUACCACAACGGGCCAGAAUGAUGUCUGUGAGGCUCCAUGUGUACCAUACCACAUUGAGAGCUUUGUACAAUGUGAGGAUAACCUUGGUGCUGUCAGCUGGGCUAGCAGUGAUGGUGCAGAUAUUUACAACGCCAUUGCCGUAGGACAGGAUGGGCAAACCCACAUGUGUGCAACAAACACAACCACUUGUAUCUGGGAUGAUCUUCAUUGCGGAAAGAUCUAUAAUGUGCAUGUCAUCGCCAAAUCCAAUACCUGCAACAGUCAACCCAGUAACAGCACAACCAUUCUCAUGGGUGAGCAAAAAAUAAAGGCAGCUAUUUAA